AUGGAUCCCAUCACCAGCGGUCUCACUAUUCUUCAGCUUGUUCAAACGAUAGCGCAAGCUUCAGCUCUUGUGUUAAAAUAUGUUGCUUCUGUCCGCAACGCUGACUUGUCUUCUCGGAGCUUGCUUGAUGAGUUCAGCUCGAUUGGCGGAGUCCUGACCACUGUUAUGGAGAUCGAGAAAGAUGGCUCUCUUCCAGACAAUCUCCGUUUGGCACUUUCAAAUCUGAUGGCCGACAAUGGCCCAGUCGCGAAAUUGCAGAUGGAACUGACGAAUAUUCUGCCAAAGGAACAGGAAACAGGGAAGAUGAAGACGAUGACUAAAUGGACGUGGCCAUUCAAGGAAAAGGAAGCAGGAGCAAUUCUCAAUAAACUGAAAGGAUAUUGUGUCGAGAUUACAAACAUUCUAGCAAUCGAUGCAUGGAUCAUGCUCACCGAAGUCAAUCAAACCAUGAAGAAUGUUGAACUGGGAGUCCAGGAAGUGGGGCAAGGCAUGAAGAAAGUCGAACUAGGAGUCCAAGAAGUGGGUCGAGGCAUGACGAAAGUUGAACUAGGAGUUCAGGAAGUGGGUCGAGGCAUGACGAAAGUUGAACUAGGAGUUCAGGAAGUGGAUCGAAAAGUUCAGGAAUCAAAAGUGGCUCAAGAAGCGCAGAAGAAAGCCGAAGAACGUGAAAAGUUUCUUCGAUGGAUGAACCCUGUCUCUUGUACCGAAAAGCACCAUGCCUCCCACCGCCAACGCAACGUUGGGACCGGUCGGUGGAUUUUUCAUGCCGAGCAGUAUGUGGCCUGGAAUGCAUCCGAUUCCGCAUUUCUAUGGUUGAACGGCCAGGCUGGGAGUGGAAAGACUAUACUUGCUUCUGCUGUUAUCGACGAAAUUCAGGGCGGUGGGCCAGCCGACCCACAAACUCUUGGUUAUUUCUAUUGCGAUUUCCGAGAUGACCAAACGACAAACGCAGCUGCGGUAUUGCGAUCUUUGGUUGUUCAGCUCCUCCGGCAAUCUACAGACGACUGGAUCACCAAGAUACACAAGCCAGAGCAGGAAGAUUCCAAUGCAAAAGUGGAUUUCGUCUCCCUAAACGACCUAGGACAACAACAACGUAACGGAGAGCGUUGUUCCACAGAUCUGACAUUUCUGCGACAGCUGCUUGUUGAAGCGUCCAGGCUAGUUUACCGACCGGUCCUCGUGAUCGACGCCUUGGACGAAUGCAAGGAUUACAGUGAUCUAGUGGAUCACCUCGUAGACCUUGCUGGCGAUGCUCAACUACGACUUUUCGUCACUGGUAGAAGCGAACUAGACAUAAAAUACACCUUCCGUGAUCUCCCCACCAUAUUUCUGAAGGACAGCGCAGAACAGAUGAAAGCAGAUAUAUGCGCGCACAUUACUGAGCAGCUGAAGACUCAGAAGCGCCUGUCACGCCUACCCGAGACACUUAGAGAUUUGAUUUCGGAGAGACUGUUAGAAAAGGCCGAGGGCAUGUUUCGGUGGGUUCAGUGUCAACUGGACGAACUUCGGCGUUGCGCAAGAGAAAUUGACAUUAAGGAUGCCCUCAACAAUCUUCCAGCUGGGCUAAAUGAAACAUAUGAUAGGAUUGUUUGCGGCAUCCAACAAAAAGGGCGAGGUUACGACCAAAUUGCCUACAAUUGCUUGCUUUGGCUCGCUGGCGCACUCACCCCAUUGACGCUUGGCCAGCUCGACGAAGCUAUGAUGAUCAAUGUCAAGCAAUCAAUUCUUGAUCCGGAUCUCCGCGCCAGUGAUCCUAUGGAUAUCGUGGUCGCAUGCGGAAGCCUUGUGACCUACGACGAGACUACUGGCGUUGUUGCUCUAUCUCAUUAUAGCGUCAAAGAAUACUUGAUCAGUCCUCGCCCUAAUAACAUCCUGAAAUCAACCUCAGACACGCAUGCACGAAUCUUCGCGCUUUUGAUCACGUAUGUGUUAUGUGACUCCGUGCCUGUGGUAUGCGCAAAAGCUACUGGUUGUACUAUAGGUUCUGCUUCUGCUGUCAGUGGCGAAGAAAACCAUCCAUUGCGGAGCUAUGCAGUUAAAGCAUUGGCGCACCUUUGUCAUGUUUCGGAUGAGGAUCCUCGUGUUAUGGCUGCCAUGCAGCGGCUACACUUAGGGUUCCUUCACAGCACAGAGAAACAUGCCCUGCUUGAAAGUCUGGUUCGAUCAUUAACGAACGAUGAGCAGUCGAGUGUCACUUCCCCCUCACUUCUACUCGUCCCUCUUCGGUUUGGAAAUCCAUGGAUGGUGGAAACCCUGGUCAAGGAGCAACCCGAUAUCCUGAGCAUAGAUGUCGCCCGUGGUUUUGGUUCUCCCUUGAUUUUUACCAUAGCCUCGAACCCUGCCCUUCUCAGCGUUCUCUUGAAGCUGGACAUUGACCUAAACAAGCCUUCUUCCAUCCAAACCGAUUUGUAUCAUCGGCGGGAUCUUCCUUCAGGUUCCUAUACUCCAAUUUUGUGGGCAGCCGCGAUUGGAAGUAAAGUGGCUGUGGAACUCUUGCUGUCACGAACAGAGGUCACCCUACCAGAUGACAUUCUGCACACAGCCAUUCUUUCCGACAAGCGGUCUCCAGAUAUCAUCCUCAAACUGUGUCAACGCGGCGCGGAUGUCACUUUCACCGUCGAUGGCUCCACUCCUCUUCAUGCUUUACUUUCCAAAUUAGUUUCCAACCGUUGGUCCAGCCGCAAAUGGCUACCAGUCAUAGGAAAGCUCGUCCGUGAUCUUUCUGUGCCUGACUGGACCGCCAGAACGGCACUCCACAUUGCUCUCGACAAUCGUCUGAGCGAUAUUGUCGUAUGCCUCCUUGAACAAAAUGCACCGCUGACAGCAACAGCAACACUCCAUCCAACCAUUUGGAGCUGGGCGAAAAGUAAUCAGUGGUUUGCCAAGGUUCAAGCAGCGGCUCUCGCUGCUGAUAUACCAUACACCAGAAUUAUGGGGAAGAUCGUCGAUGUUGGAGAGCAAUCGCGAGUCGUCAAGUUUCGAGGCGCAUUCCGUGCCAAUCACGGAGACCCCGAACCCAUUUGUGCUGUCGUUGUUUCUGUCAUUGACAGGAAUAAUAAAGGCAGUUCCCUUAUGUUUGGACUAUUUCCCUCGCUGGUUAAGAGCCUGAGCCUGGAGGCUAGCCUGUUUCGCAGUAAAUUGUUGCAUCAAAACAAAGCCCAAGACUUCCUUGAAAACGACGAAUUCGCUCCACUCAAGUUCCGCUUAUCAUGGAAAAGGAAUCAUCAGUAUGUCUCUAGCCGGCUGUUCGAUUAUCAUCAAGGAGAUGCAGUUACCAGCGCCCUACGAAAGUUAACCUGUGAUGAAGAUUCUACUGGCGAUUCCCUUUUUCUUCGGUUAUCCCCGCGUUUCCGAGAUAGGUAUUUUGAUAAGCUUGAGUACGCACUUGAUACCUACCGAGGUCAUCUGCAUUAACUUUAGAUCUUAUACGCGGCCACAUACUGCAAUACUCUACAAGUGCACUGCCAGUGUUCA